ACUCUGGUUCGCGUAUUCUAAAGAUUUUAGGAGUGAGAGAAAAGUGAACGAAGCCAGAUAGAGUUGAGGUUUUUAAAUAUGUUUUCCAUCUCUAAAUCACUCCAAUCGUUUUUUGUUGACAUAAUCCCAAAGUUAUUUUGAUGCAGAUUUUCGUUGUGAUCAGACUCUCAUAAAUUAUUUGUAAAGUUGCUUUGAAGAAACUCCGAUUCAAGCAGGUGGAGCAUCAAUUCGGACACGUCAAAAGGGGUCUUGGAUCUUCUUUUGGGAUAUAAUUGUUGCCAGCAUUUGUUUGCUGCUGGUCAACGUUAUUACAUUGAUAGGUCAGUUAUUUGUUUGAAGGACGUUUCCAAAACAAAAGCCGGCUUUUUGUUCGUCGUUGAGUUUGAGCUUUUUACCUGUCAUUGUAGCCUAAAAACUGAAAAUGUCUGCUGAAAGAUAUUCAACUUUGGAUGAACCGUCGCUUCGGAAUCUGCUGGAUGGGACGAUGGACCUGGAUGAGCGGCGAAUGAUCCGUUCAGCCAUCAGAGAUCUAAGGAGGAGAGAGAUAGAGGACAUGGAGGCAGCCCUGGCCAGCAAACGCUUCCGGCACAAACACCUCAACCAGAAUGACGACAAAGAGAACCAGCUCACAAAUAGGUCAGAUUUGGGUGACUCCCUAAACAUGCUCUCUGUGAAACUACAAGCCAUCCAGGACAUUGAGGAACUGACUGGACUGCUGCGCGGGGCCACUGAGUAUGAGGAGAGGAAACUGAUCAGAGCUGCCAUCCGCCGCCUCCGAGACGAGGAGCAGCAGGGUACAGGGCAGAAAGGGAGGACCACCGGCCAAUGCCUGGAGUCUGAGGGCCUGGAUCUCCAAAACAGCCUGGGAGCAGGGGACACAGAGAGGGAGAGCUUUGGUGAGCGAGAGAGAAUCAAGUCACAGAUCCGGGAGCUGCGCAGCCACCAGACGCAGCAGGGCAGAGAGCUACAUAGGACAGGCUCCAACUCAGGCAUGGUUCUGGUUCUGGACCCCCUGGUGAGGAAAGAGGUCUCCGGCCCUCUGCUGAACCACCCAAAGAUCUGGGACCCUGUGACAACAUCAGAGCUGGACGUGGUCCUGUCCCACCGCCAAUGCUCUGACUCGACAUCCUCGGACCAUACCCUGGCCUCCAGGCCCCGUAUCGACUCAGGAGCCUCAGAGAAAAGCCUGGGUCUGGGCCCAGCCUUCAGAACCAGGGUGGACUCAGGAGCGUCAGAAAAGAGCCUGGGUCUGGGCUCAGCCUUCAGAACCAGGGUGGACUCAGGAGCGUCAGAAAAGAGCCUGGGUCUGGGCCCAGCCUUCAGGACCAGGGUGGACUCAGGAGCGUCAGAAAAGAGCCUGGGUCUGGGCUCAGCCUUCAGGACCAGGGUGGACUCAGGAGCGUCAGACAGAAGCCAGUGUUCAGACCACAGAGGCAGACUGGACUCUGGGGCCUCCAAGUCCCGCUUCAGACCGAGACUAGACUCUGGCACGUCAGACUCCAGCACGGGACCGCCAGCCCCUCUAGGCUCUGAGACCUCUGACAGCGCAGGGCUGCUGUCACGGAAACGACUGGACUCUGGGACGUCUGACCUAAGCGUGGGUGUGACUUCUGUUGAGCGGGGCCGUGUGGAAGAGCCAGAGGUGACCAUGAGUAGCUCCUCCUCCAGCACAGAUUCAGAGGCUGAGAGCACCAAUCACCAUUCAGCCCAACCCCGCCAAGACUGCUCCACUACCAACUGUGAUCAGCCUGAUGGGGCCGUCCUAUACAGAAAAGCCUCAGGCUCCCACAGUACCCUGCUCAAUGGCAGUUCCAAGGGAAGAGGAGACAUCCAGGAACAGAAGGUCAGAGAUACUUUAUUCACUACUCUCAGCAAAGCAAACGAUGCAGUGCCUGAAAAGGAGCCGGUUGUCUUGGCCCCGUUUGGCCGGGCUAACUCUGUGCGGGACCGUAUGCGUAAGUUCACAGAGCCCAGCCCAAGUCCCAGUGUCCCGUUUCUGAAGAGGGGCUCUCAGUCUCUAAGGAAUGGGACAGCCCCCAGUGCCCGAGUCUUAGGCAGAGCCACCGAGCUGAGUGAGGGACAAGCAGCAGGGCCAGCCAACCAAACAGCAAUGACCACAGCAGUAUCCAUCAGAUCCCUUACAGACAGGCACGGGAGACCCCAUGUAGGUUCUACAUCGUACUCUUCAUCUUCCUCCUCCUCAGAGAACCUUGUCCAAUGCCAGGGCACAAUUCAGCCAGGGGGCGUGGCCAUCAAAGAUCUGCAAACCGCUGCUCAAUCCAUGAGCACUGUAGGCGGGGCGAAGCAGCUGGCUGAAAAGCUGCAGCACUCCUCGGGCAUCUCAAAGGAAGACAAGACCCCAGGGAGCCAGGGAGAGGCAGACCCCGACAUGAAGACCUUCCUAACUAUCGAGAUCAAAGAUGGACGCACCAUCACCACCUCCUCCUCCUCUUCCUCGAGAGGCAACCUGGCCUCCAUGACCCCCAUGGCCCCACGCAUCACCACCAACUCCAUGGGACAGAGAGCAGAGUUGACCAUGGGUCUGAGAGCGACUCCCUUCAAGACCUCCUCCUCCAGCCUCACUUCUGGAUCCUCCUUCAAGAUGGAGACAGAGCCUGUGAUGGCCUCAGAGCCAGUGUUUGCAGUGGAGCCCUCGGUGCAGGUGGCAUGCUGUCAGGCCCCGGCUACUGUACCCAACGGCUCUUCUGCAGCUCGGGCCAAAGUCGAUGAACGCUCCGGAAAACUGACUGCAGAACAGCUGGCCGCCAUCGACGAUGAUGAGCUCCUGGAUAAAAUGCUGGAUGAGUCCAAGGACUUUGAGGAGAGGAAGAUGAUCCGACAAGCCAUGAGAGAUCUGCGUAAGAGGAGGAGAGAGGCCGUACUGGGAUGUACACAGGAGGAAAUAGACCAGAGAGAAAAGGAGAGAGAGGUUCGUCUUGUGGAGCUUCGGCAGCAGAGAGAAGAGCGCGCUCAGAAGGGUCGUACGGGAGGAGGAGGAGCUGAAGGGGUCGUGAUGAGGAAGGUGGAGAAGUCAGCUGAUGGCUCCACCCUCAGCCAAGUCACCAAGACAAACCACUUCGCCCAGUCUGGGGAUGGCAGCAGGACAGCUCACAGCACCAUCAUGGAGGCCAGUUAUGUGAAGAAAACAGACAUGGGGACAGUCCAGUCGAAGUCCUACAGCUACUCUUCUACCAGCUCCAGCUCCGCCAGGAAAGUGGGCAGUGUGUUUGACCGUGAGGAUGACUCGGCGUCCCGUGCUGCGGAGCGCCGGCAGGCAGAGAAGCGUAAGGAGCUGAUGAGAGCCCAGAGUCUGCCCAAAACGUCCGCCGCACAGUCCCGCAAAGCCAUGAUCGAGAAGUUGGAGAAGGAGAGCGGAGGGCCAGGGAAUAAAGCGGUUGCCAAGGUGAACAUGGUCCAACGCUCCGCUAGCUGUGUGGUGCCCAAUGCCAACUCCAUCAAACAGAUGCUGCUGGACUGGUGCCGCGCCAAGACCCGCUCAUACGAGAAUGUGGACAUCCAGAACUUCUCUUCCAGUUGGAGUGAUGGCAUGGCGUUCUGUGCCCUGGUCCAUAACUUCUUCCCAGAGGCCUUUGACUACUCCUCUCUCACCGCUGCCAACCGCAGACACAACUUUGAGGUGGCCUUCAGCACUGCAGAGAAGCUGGCUGACUGUCCCGAGCUGUUGGACGUAGAGGACAUGGUGCGGAUGCGUGAGCCAGAUUGGAAGUGUGUGUACACGUACCUGCAGGAGUUCUACAGGGGCCUGGUGACCAAGGGCCUGGUUAAAACCAAAAACUCCUCCUAGAGUCACACCCCUAGGACCCCAAAUGCACUCAUGGGAAUGUGCCAACUGCAUGCCCCUGUUGGAGGUGGAGGACAUGAUGAUCAUGGGGAGGAAGCCUGACUCCAAGUGUGUGUUCACCUACGUGCAGUCACUGGUCAACCACCUGCGCAGGCACGAGAUGAAUCUCGCCAAGGCCUUUGCCAAACUCCAGGGCACCGACUUCUGAGCUGCCCCUGAGCUCACAGUGUGUCCUCUCCCAUCGCACCACUAUACUGUACCCCUCCUGUCCUCCUGAGCACUGUCCCUCAACACCGCCCCUGACCCAACAGGCUGACAGCAGCCCAGACUCUGAGUGAGGGGUGUUACUGAUUUGCAAAUCUCUGAUGGCCAACGACGGAAGAGUGUUUGUGUAGGAGCGUCUAUUGCUCAUGAUUAUCUUUGUUGACAGUGGUGGCACGUCAGACAGAAAUUCCCCUCCUCUGGACACACAUUUGUUCAGGCUGUGCGAACCUUCCCAAAGGAAAACUCCAAAGUUUUCAUUAUAGAGAAUAUUUCUACGCUUUAAUUGAUAUGUUAUACUGAAAUGUAGUUGUAGUCUAUCAGUAGGCAAUUAUAUUCAUGCUUUGGAAGUCCUAGGGUUGUGGCACCAACAAAACCCUGCAUGAAAUGAACAUGAGAGAAAUAUGCAUUUUAUUGUACUCACUCACUCACUCACCUUAAUGCCUACAUUUGUUUUCAGUGACAAUUGUAGGAUGUUACUCAAGCUGUUGGCGAUGAUGAAGAAAAAUAAUAUGCAUCUGUUUUAUAUUCCUUCAGUCCCCACUCUGGUUCUGUUUAAGGUGUUAACAAAUCUGCUUGCUUUUUAAAACGCAUCUACUUGAAUUGUUUUAAAUAGUCCUUAUUAUUCCUAUUUUGUUGUUAAUAAUUAUCAUUAUUACUAUUUAAGUUUAUUCAUAAGCACUGGUAUGGAGGGAUGUUAUUCAGUCAUUGUGUUAUAUAGUAGUUAGCAUUAUGACAUUGGUGGAUCUGUUUGUACAGCCCUAUGCUGAGUAAGAACCAGAACCGAAUCUACAAACCCAGAUGAUGAUGAUGACUAGGUUGUAAUAGCCAUUUUCUAAUACUGAGAUGUUAUGAAAGUAGUUGUGUAACUAUAAUUCAUUUUGUAUUUACACCACUCAUAUUUACAUCAUUUUGGUCAGAGUGGAGAAAAACCAGUGUUGAAAAGUAGGUUCCAAGUGCUUCUCAAACAGGUAAAAUCACACAUUGGUGUUGUUUCUAGAUUAUUAUGUCUUUAUAUCAGCUUUUCUCCCUGUCCUUGCCUCAGUUUGUUACAUUGGGGCAUCAAAAGAAUCAGCAUAGAAAAUAGUUUCCCAACGCCCACACGAUCAGACUGAGCAUUCCAAUGGCCAAAAGAGGCGCAGGGAAAUAAAUGAUAAAAAAUAUAUUGGAGUUAUUUUCAUGAAAUAAACACACAGAGUGAUUUUUUAGAGUGAUGAUUUAAAACUACAAUUAAAAAGACUGCAUGGGGGCUUUAAGGGCCACAAAAUUAGCAGCGAUGACUGGGGUGUAAACUCUGUGGAUUUGGAAACUAGAAGUGCUCCUGAGUAGAAUGGACACAACCUUUCACUGUGACACAAUGUACAGAACAUUUUGUAUUGUCCAAAUGAUAGAACACACACAAAAAACAUUGUUGACCAUUUACGCCUGAAAAAAGAGACCUAUAUCAUAGAAAUACUUUAAAUAAUUAUUUGUUUAACGUAUAACAUAUAUUGAUAAUUGUGCACAUUUUCCAUAAUGUUCGCUCUAGUAAUUAAUAUACAAAGUAUACAGGACAGGACUCAAAAUCCGUGACCUGGAAGUGCUUAGUUAUUUUUGCCAGCUUCACAAAGGUGUCACAUUCACACACUGCCAGCACCAUAUGCUUUGAAGUUUUGUUUCAUGAGUGUUUCAUUUCUACGAAUCAAACCUAUAGCCAAAACAAAGUUUAUGGUAAUGUAAUUAUUUGAUUGAAUAUGAAAGGUUUGUUGGCGAGGCCAACUUCUCUUCUCUACAUCAUUUGGCCCAAUGAAGGCUGGCUUUCAGCUCAGUCGAUUCUAUGACCGAUGAACAGGAGAGUAUUUCUGAUUAAGGCUAAAUGUACUUUAUUUCCAAUGUAUAUUUUCUGAA